CAUCAAUUCAGAUUCAGAAAAAUCCAACAAUUAGUCGUUUGCAAAUGCCAAUCCAGAUAUCAAAGAAGAUCAGGACUUUCGCAGGUAUCAAGUUGAGUUAUCAUCAUCCAGACGCAUACCUCACUUCUUUUUGUCUCGAUUUAAGAAAUGGGCUAAGAUGAUGGAGCAAGAUGCAGCCUACAAGUACCUUCAGAAUGUAUAAGAAUCAAAGGUUAUUUAAACAAAUUAUUAUAAAGACAUCAAAAUAACAGCGAUUCGAGUUGGGAGAUCUGCAACGAUGCUUCCAAGUCCAAGUCAACGAACCGAAGGAAUCCAAAUUAUGCAAGAAUCUCCUCAAGGACCUAUUCAUUUCCUUCCUACAGAACGAGGCCACGCUGCAGAUCAUUCAUUACAACAAAAUCAGUUCAAUCGAAUAAAAAGUACAAUAUGGAAUUCAUUCUAUCUUAGCACAAAUACAUAUCAGAAAUUAAAAACAUGAUAUAAGAAAUGUAUGAACUUAAACCAUUUGAUUCAUACUUGUCCUCUGAGAAGAUCAAGGGAAAGAGGAAUGCCAACAACAACAACAAUCAGUCUCCCAUCAAAGAAAAAUAGGAAGACUUGAGAGAAGAGUUCCAAAUCCCAGAAAUGCACGAAAAGUACUCCAAUGAGAGUUUUAAGAAAUACGGCAACGCACCAUCCCUAGUAAAAAUGAACAGUUUUUAGUAGUGA